UCCUCGCAUUUUUUACUUCUAAAUCAGGUUCGUGACCCAAGAACCACAGUUCAUGGAGAAGUUGCUGUCCAAACUGGUGUUCGCCGUUCGCUUCAGGACGUCUGCCAAUCUCCAUUAGCGAGCGCUGUGACCGAGUCUAGAAAUACUUGGACGACGGUAAACAUCCCAAAGGAGCAAUCACUGGGAAGAAAAGUUUGUAAAGGUUUGGGAGGAAUCGGACUAUCUUCGCUGCAAAUAGAUGAUCCCAAGGGAAAAUGUGGAGCAGGACCAUAUCCUUCCCAUUCUCUAGUACUGCUAAAAUGCCGAAACAGGGACUAUCAUCGUUUACCGUCGGCUCAAUGCACUCGCCUUUGCUAUCUCGACGAAAGCGCGGAAGAUUUUAAUCCACAGUUACUGGAACCACAUUGGUGCAGCCAUAUCGUGCGUCGAAACCGCGCCGCAGCCGCCCGCAACUGCUACAUAGCCUGCGUCAAAGCAAAGAAUUCCCUUCCUCAGACUGUUCGCGCAAUGAACGUUUCUGGAGUCGAUAUUUCUUGGACACGUGAGCCUCUGGACAGCAUUAUGGACACGACGUAUUUGUCACAAUUUCUUACGGACUUGCGAACUGUACUACCGCGGGUAAACAAAACAAACUGCAAAAGUGCCCUCUCCUUUGAAUUUCCUUGCAGAACCGCUGAAUUUGUCAUUCUCCAAACUCAUCGGCUCCAUUCUCCUAAUCUCCCAACCACUGGACAUCAUUCAGCAAUGUUCUCAGCACCUGGUCUCACGGAUAAUCGGAUGACAGUGGAAUCAUUUGUGCGAGAUUGGGUUUCCAGGGGAGUAACGAGCGGUCCUGCCGGGCAAAUUCUUGGAUUACCAACUGCGAAAGGGUCAACAUCGAUUGAGCCAAUGUCUCAGACUGAGGUUGGUCUAAAAUCUGAAAACAACGCUACCGAAUGGAUGUCACACUGGCUUAACGGAAUCUCUGCACCAGUAUUAAUGCGUGGCACAGAUUUUGUAGCAUAUGACAAUGAAAAAAGCGCAAGAAUCAAGGCAACCUGGAGCUCAAGCAAUAAUUUAGCUGGUAUGGCAAUUCACGGUUUACCGUAUGAUAAUCCUGAGGGAGAGUGUCCUGAUCGGGCAUUCCCUAUACUACAGAGCAUCGUCGAUGCGCAGGUAAGUCGAUUAGCCGCUCGUUUUGAUAAUAACUGCUCCAUGACGAAGGCGAUCGCCCGAAUAGAUUGA